UCUGUCGGAAUGAUCUCAGGACAGCCUAUUAGGAGAUACAACACAGAUCAACCACUUUACUUCAGUAGAAACUACAGAAAGUAUCAUGGAAAUCAUUUUCUGAAGGAGGCGAGCUAUCGUCGUUUGUAUUACCGACUAACAGAUCCCCUUCAGCCGGUGUCCUUAGUCCGGGGUCGCUACCUGGCAGACAAUGGUCCACUUGCCCAAUUUUUUAAAGAAAACAAACACAGCAGCCAGAGUCCCGGAUGUACGUGUCAUGAAAAUAUGAAUAGGUGCAUUAGAAACGCUUUAAUGUAUUCAUCACAACCACGGAACAACCUAAACCCUCCAAG